AUGCCAUUAUCACAGCUUAGUGAGCAACAACGAGCAAUCAUUACCGACCGCACCCGAGUAUGGCAAGUAAGACGCUUCUGCCAGGUGUUGCCAUCUGUCGUCAAAUACGUACGCGGCUCGGAAGCUGGCCUCACAGGCACGCUUUCAGAGCGGCAGGGACGUUAUAUCAAAAAUGAACCGGAUGGCGCGCUCGCUGCUAUGCUGCGUUGCAUUAUUCAUCAAACGGGCGCCGAUUUGGCAAUGGUCAGUUUGCUAGACGACCAUACUCAAUACUUCAUCUCGGGGGCCAGUCGGGAUAAUGCGAAUGAUGCCAAAGUCACACUGGAAGAUUCAACGAAAUGGUAUGGAUGCGAAUCGGUUACCCAUCAUGGAGGUUUGUGUGAGCGGACCAUCACACGCCAGAAUCAGCCCGGCAACUUGGCCAUUUAUGAAGAGCUCGACAUGGCCGCGUCGGAGAGAACCAAAGACCUGCCUUUUGUAAGGGGCGACAUCGCCAAAUUCAGACACUACGUGGGUGUUCCCCUCAAUCCUUAUGAUGGACCAAAUAUCGGUACGGUAUUCAUAUUCAGUUCCACGCCGUCGAAGGAAGGCUUGUCAAAGACUCAUCGUUCAUACUUGUUUGAAACAGCAUCACAUAUUAUACAGCACUUGGAACAAGCAGUAGAAGCGCUAGAAGGCAAAAGAUUGCUCAAGUUCAACCAAGGUGUGGCUUCGUUACUGAGGAUGGGUUCCUCUGCAGGACUGGCGGCUGAGUCUGCGCAGGAGCAGCCUUUGCCAGAGAGUCGUGACGAGCAGCAGUCUCUGGUCUCGAACCUGUACAACGAUUCCGCUCUACGAUUGUAUCAGCUAUCAGCGACGCUGCUUUACGAUGCUUUCGAGUUUGAUGGAGUUCGGAUUCAAGAACCAGGACCCUCGGGUAACUUCGUCAACAGAAAUCCCGCCUGGAAUGGCUCUAGUAUAUUAGCAGAGCAUCUAGGACCCAGAGCUCAUAAGCCUCGGAGCCUAAGCCAUACAUUGACUAGCCGACUACUCGAAUUAUUUCCUCAGGGGGCUGUCUUCCAGGUACUCGACGAGAAAAGCAAGAUUGUUGCUGCUACAAGUGCAAGUGACGUUGCUCUAGUUGAUGAUCCAAUGAUAUCAACAGAGUUGUCGAGGUCUUUUCCAGGAGCAGUACAGAUCGUUCUGAUGCCGCUCUGGGACACCUUCCAUGAACGGACCACCGGUGCAGUAUUGGGAUUUGCCAACACUCAGUCUAGGGUAUACCUCGGCUCGACGGAUCUUGCGUCUAUAUCUGCGUUUUGCACGACUAUCAUGACGCAAGUGCGGCGUCUAGAAGCACAAGCUAUGGACAAGAUCAAAUCAGACUUCCUCGGAUCAGUAUCUCACGAGAUGAGGACACCACUACAUGGCAUGCUAUCAAGCCUUGAGCUUCUAGCUGAUAUACCGCACAAUGCACACCAACACGACUUAUUAGAGACUGCGAGAUACAGUGGCCUAUCACUACUUGAUACCAUAGAGCGUGUUCUCUAUUUCAGCAACAUAAGUUCUAGGCCAUAUAAUCUAGAACACACCGGAUCCAAUGUCCCAAGCGAAGGACUCGUUCAUCCAUCAAGCCUUGUACAACACAAACCGGCAGCUUCCCCGAGGGAGAGUGACACUGUAGAGGCUAUUAAUAUUUGCGAAGAUAUCAUACAUAGUGAGUCACAAAGAUUACGUCUCAAAGAGGCUGUUCAAUCUGAGCCCUCCAUGGUUGCGAUACAUCCUCCGAUUAUAGUGUUCGAUACGAAUGCCACAUGGUCCUGCCGCCUGAAGGCUGUCGGUAGCUUUCGCGUAAUCUUAACUAACUUUAUGAACAAUGCCUUGAAGUUUGGUGAGUCGACAAACUGUGUUCGAGUUUCAUUGAACAUCACGGAUGAUGCUAUUAGUGUCUCUUGCACGGACGCUGGGCAGGGCAUAGCUUCGGACUUUAUUCGCCAUUCGAUUUUUGAUCCAUUUUCUCAAGAAAAUCCUGUCACCGAGGGUACUGGUCUUGGACUUUCUAUAGUCAAGCAGACGGUCACUAUGUUUGAUGGCGAUGUACAGAUCGAGUCGAGUAAAAACAAAGGUUCUACUUUCACCGUUAGGCUCCCAUCGACUCAAUUGCUGCACCACCCACUGGAUAGUGCAGCAGAUUAUAUCGACACUCAAUCUAGUACUGCUGAGUUGCCUCAGCUAGUAAUCAGUCUUUUCACCCCAGGACGGUGGGAGACGGGCGAUGGAGUGAGAGACCAACGGCGACUUGGAUUACUACUAGAUUCGCUUACGCAAGGUCUAAGACGGUGGUUUCGUAUCACGGUCAUUCCUUGGCAGAUUGCAAGCAUGAAUUCGCAGUCGCGGCUGCUUAUCGCUUUGAAAGAAGACGAAGAGAGCGCAGAACUGACCUACGGUGGCACGUACAGCGACGCUGAGCGACUCUUGCUUUAUCCGGAUAUGCAAACCGCGCUCAUCCCACACACAACGCCUUCUGAAAAGAUCGCAGCCAUUACUGGCCCAGUGACUAUUUCAAAACUUCAAGGUGCGCUGGCGCACUUGUUCCCUGAUGUAGUCUCAUCUCCCGAGCUUCGUCGCCAUUCCGACGCUACAUCAGUAACUGCGGGACGUCAAAAGCCAUUGGGCAGAGGAAACCUCAAUCAGUCGAGUGUGGAAAUAAACGACACAUCCGACGACCCACCGAUAUCAUCACUGUCAGAUUUAGUGCUCGAAGAAAACCCGAAAUCAGACGGAGAAGAAAGCGCUGUGCAUCCACAGUCAAUGCCAGCAGCCACCCAGUCCAGAACUCCAGAGGUACAAGCAUCGAGAGAGCCCAUCGAAGCACGGCCACCAGAACAGAACAUACAAUUACAGACAGUGCAAGUAGAACAGCCGAAGUUGACUACGCCAUUGAAAGCACUCGCAGCGGAGCCGAAACUAUUGCUUGUCGACGACAACGCUGUCAAUCUCAAGGUGCUUACCAUGUAUGCACGCAAAUGUAGCAAAAAGCCUGCAACGUCUGUAGGUGGUGGUCAGGAAGCCAUAUGCGCAUUUAAAAGCGCCAUGGAACCGAACAACGGUGAAGCUGUGCAACCUUUUGAUCUUAUCUUCCUCGAUCUCUCGAUGCCAGAGGUCUCGGGCUUCGAUGUAGCGAGGGAGAUUCGUGAGAUGGAAGCACGAUUGAAGCGUGAUAGGACGUACAUAUGCGCACUAACUGGGCUUGUGAGUGGGAAAGAUCGUAAUGCAGCAUACGAGUCUGGUGUUGAUAAUUACCUUGUCAGGCCUGCACGGCUGAAAGAUCUACAGGGUGUAAUUGAGCUUUGGAGAAAUAGCCUAAUCGAGUUACAGCAAUGCGCACACGGUCGUGAAUUAAACAGCGCCCCACGAUACCCCGGAUCCCCACCUUCGACAGCAAAAACACCCGACGCGACACGAGUUGGAGAACACAAGCGAUUCGAGAUGGCUUCCACGACAGACGCCGCCUUUGUUGAGGAUAUCGAGGUGGAGCAGGAGUUUAGAGCGCGCGUCAGGAAUCUCAAGAAGGCGAACAAGUCAGGGGCAAGAUCUCCAGGACCCGACAGCGACAACGAAGACGCGCCGCUGCUGGGUUCUUCGAGGCACAACAAUGGGCGUGCGAAUGGCGAUGGAAAUGACAACGAAGAAGAAGAAUGGGCAGGAGACGCUGACUUUCGAGGUCUUCCCUGGUGGAAGCGGCCCUCGAUAUUCUGGCUAUUGCCGCCCUUCCUACUGUUCACCAUAGCCUUCGGUGGCAUCAUAGUACCCAAAAUCAACCUGAUUAUGGAUUUGGUGUGCGAAGAGUACUACGCUACUCUGGAGACCGAUCCAAUAUCCUCUCCCAUGGACCCGGGUCAAGAUCGAUGCCAGAACGACGCCGUUUCCUCUCGCUCAUCGCUCUUCCUUCUAUACGCCAGCUUGUGCUCCGGUAUACUCUCUGCUAUCAUAAGUCCAAAGAUUGGUGCGCUCUCGGACCGGUAUGGAAGGAAGAAAUUCAUGAUUGCCAACACCUGUGGUGCGCUUUUCGGUGAGAUGCUCACCAUACUGGCAGCCAAGUUUCCCGAGACUGUACACGUCAACUGGAUUCUUGUCGGCUACUGCUUGGAAGGCAUAUCCGGAUCCUUCAUCGUCGGCAUGGCAUGCGCGCACUCCUACGCAUCCGACUGCGUCGCACCACAGAAACGGAAUGUUGCCUUUUCAUACUUUCACGCUUGUCUGUUCGGUGGUAUCGCCAUUGGGCCUGCACUGGCUGGAUACAUCAUCAAUGCGCGCCAGAAGUACGUUGGCAAGACUGAAGCUGUCUUGCUCAUCUUCUAUAUGGCCCUCGGUGCUCAUUUGAUCUUCAUCGCGUUCCUCACAUUCCUUGUUCCCGAAUCCCUCAGCAAAGCACGCCAGGAAGCUGCGCGUGAGAAGCGCAGGGAAGAACUUGAACGACAAGGUCCUGCUGGAGAUUUUAUUAACCAAUUACGCUCCAUCAACCUCUUUGGUCCUUUGAAGAUCCUCUGGCCAACUGGCCCUGGAACAUCGUCUGCUGUGCGUUGGAAUCUCCUUUUGUUAGCCGCCACAGAUACCAUCAUGUUUGGUGUCGCAAUGGGUGCCAUGAGCGUUGUGUUGGUCUACACUCGCCGGCAGUUUGACUGGCAUGAACUAGAGUCUGGUCGGUUUACCACCAUUGUGAACAGCUCCCGUGUGUUCGCUCUUCUCGUCAUCUUGCCUAUUUUAACGCGCAUCUUCCGCGGUAAGAAUGGCGCGGCGCGUCUGCGCAGCUCGGGCUCUGAUCUGUUCGAUCUUUCCGUCAUUCGAGCCGCUAUCUUCUUCGACAUGGCUGGUUUCAUCGGUUAUGCCCUUGCCCGCAAAGGCGAACUGUUCGCGCUCUCUGGAGCUAUCGCUGCUGUUGGUGGUAUCGGUUCACCCACUCUUGGCGCUGCGUUGACGAAACACGUACCGCAGGACCAAGUCGGUCAAUUGCUCGGUGCAACAGGUCUACUACACGCCGUUGCACGUGUGGUAGGUCCAACCAUCUUCAACGGCAUCUUUAGUGCGACUGUUGGGACAUACCGCCAAACUGUCUUUGUGUGUCUUGCGGCAACCUUUGGAACCGCGUUUGUGUGCAGUUGGUUUAUUCGUCCACAUGUAUAUAUUGACGAAGAUGACAAACGCGCUGCGCAGGCGAAUGGACAAGAAGCAUAG